AUGAAGAACGUAUCGGAUGAAGUGAAACAGACUGGUGAAGAACUCUCGAAUAAAGCUGUCAACUUCAUGAUCAACGCGAGUGCCGCGGGGUUCUUCGCUCAAGAUGGGGAAUCAGGGAACGGAGAGACAAGCUCAGCUUAUGAUGCGAUGUCAAGGGCUCGGAGAGAUUCCUUCAUCGACAUGGCUCGCAACAACAACGAGGCAUGCCGUGAGCUUCUCACCAGUCAUCCCCGCUCGGCAGUGCCAAUGAUUUGA